AGGAAGUUUCAAUCUCAGACGUGUUCAGAGUUUGUGUUGAAGCAGAAUAUCUCUUGCAAGACACACAAUCAGCUGUUGACUUGCAAAUAUGCACCGAUCAGAAAUCCGCUUCAUUGAGUGACACCUUUUCCACAGAGCUCCUGUCUGCUUUCACCAACAUGGGGACUGCUUUCGCGAUUGUUCUGGUGUUUGUGGGAUGUUGCUGUAACGUGGUGUCUCUGGAGCUGCUUGUAAGACAGUUUCCAGGAUGUGGAAACAUAGUCACCUUCGCUCAGUUCCUCUUCAUCGCAUUAGAAGGUUUCAUCUUUGAAACAAAAUUUGGGACGAAGAAACCAGCGAUCCCUAUCCGCAACUAUGUGAUCAUGGUGACCAUGUUCUUCACCGUCAGUGUGAUCAACAACUACGCUCUCAACUUCAACAUCGCCAUGCCGCUGCACAUGAUCUUCAGAUCGGGUUCGCUAAUCGCUAACAUGAUCCUGGGAAUAAUCAUCCUGAAGAAAAGGUAUACAGCAAGUAAAUAUCUGUCUAUAGCUUUAAUUUCAGCAGGUAUCUUCAUCUGCACCAUCAUGUCUGCCAAACAAGUGAAUGUAGCCACUGAGGGAUCAGAAGAGCAAGGCUUUUACCCACUGAUCCACUGGCUUAUAGGUAUCGCCAUGUUGACCUUUGCUCUGCUGAUGUCUGCGAGGAUGGGCAUUUUCCAGGAGACACUGUACAAGCAGUACGGAAAACACUCCAAGGAAGCCCUCUUCUAUAAUCACUGCCUGCCUCUGCCGGGCUUCCUGCUCCUCUGCACCGACAUCUACAACCACGCCGUCCACUUCAGUCACAGCACUCCUACAGUUGUUCCUGUGGUCGGAGGGACGAUGCCAAUAUUGUGGCUCUACCUCCUGAUCAACGUCAUCACACAGUAUGUGUGCAUCAGAGGUGUCUUCAUCCUGACCACAGAGUGCGCCUCGCUGACCGUCACUCUGGUGGUGACCCUGAGGAAGUUCCUCAGCCUCAUCAUCUCCAUCAUGUACUUCCAGAACCCCUUCACCACGUGGCACUGGGUGGGCACGGCGGUCGUCUUCCUCGGCACGCUGCUCUACACCGAGGUGUUGAGCAGUGUGUGGGCGGCUCUGCGUGGACCAGGCGGCAAGGCCAAGAAGGCCGAGUGAAGAGGAAGAAGAAGAAGAGGAUGAUAAGGGACUAAUGGUCAGAUAGAAACACAGCGACUGUGACGGACUUAGAGGUUGUUUUUGGUCAAAACUACCUGCAGCGAUUUUAUGCAGUUAUGUCAUUUUAUGUCACACACAAACACACACACACACACACACAGUUUAGACUAGAGGAUAAGACUGGUGAUACUUUAUAUGUUCAUUAUUAUCCGCUAAUCGCUAGGAGACUCAAAUAGGAGAAUUUGCUGCUUUUUGGGUUGGUCUAAUAUUGAAGUUAUUUCAAUAUAUUUGGGCUUUAAACUGUUAAUUGAAGCUUUUAAAACUUGUCACAUAUCUUUCAAAUGUUAAAUAAUUUCCCGGAACAAAACUCGUCACUGAAGUUUUAGCGAAAAUUAUUCGAACACGACUAAAUAGUGCAUUUUUUAAGGAGUAUUUUUAGCUGUGACUCAAUACACAAUAAUGGAGGGAACAUGUGAUGUGUCUCAAUAAUGUGUUUUUAAUGAUUGUUGUGAAAUAAUGGCGCUCUAGAACAGACAGAGAAAGUUGUAUUAAGCUUUGGCUACUGGGUCACUUUGUUGUUGUUUUUUCCUAAAUCGGAUUAUUGAUAAUAAAAUAUCACCAGCCCUAUUCUUAAAUAUUGGUACCUCAUUCGUUUUAUCAGGUGCAAAAUGAUGGUGCAACUUUCUUGUGUCUUUAAAAGUUGUUAUUAUUUAUUUUCUCAAUGUGACAGCUAAUUUACUCCAUUUUAGCACUGAUACCAACGUGUGUCAGUACAGUGAACGCAAUACUGUGAUGCUGUUGGACGUAAGACUAUUCCUACAUGAAUGUUUAGGAGCAGCUGGAAACACUGUUUGUAUAGAGGGAUAACUUAUGUGGAUCAUAAGGAUGCUGUAAUCUUGUUUUCCUCAUCUGUCAAACUGUCUCAGGUGUAUUUCAUCAGUUUUUCCUCAACAGGAAACAUCCCAUCUUAAAAUAAACCUUUACACUCAUUAAAAUGACAACCUGCUACAAAUAUA